AUAUGCAAAAAACAAACAUUAUUGUCGAGAUAUUUGAAUGUGUGUUUUUUAUUGUGUGGGUGUGUUUUGUGUGAUUUAUUUUAUUAUUAUUUUUUUUCUUUAAAAAUAAAUACAACAAUAAAACAGUUUUUUAUUAAAUUAUCCACCAUAAAUUAUUUUUUAAAAUCUUUUUUUGUUUUUUUGUUUUUUUGUUUUUUUUUUUUUUUUUUUUGAUGAAAUAAUAACUUAAAAUUAUUUUUUAUAAUCAUAUAUAUAUAUAGAAUUAUAAAAUAAAGAAAUAAUUUUAUAAAGAAAAAAAAAUCAUCAAAGAAUAACUGAAAGGAAGAAAGAAGUAAACAGUAAUAGAGAAUAAAUAUUUUAAAAAAGAAAAUAUUUAAAUAUUUUUUUUAAAUCAAUAAUAUAUAUAGACUUUGAAAAAUGUCACAAUUAAAAUUAUCAAAUUCCCAAAUAUUUGGAGUUGAUUUAGAACAAAUUGUCACAAGUCAAAAUCAACCAAAUUAUAUAGCAGAUAUACCAAAAAUUGUACAAGAAGUUGUAGAGUGGUUAGAUAAAAACAAUGCAAUAAAUGAAGAGGGUAUUUUUAGAAUUCCAGGCAAUGGUACUGUAAUUCAAGAAAUAAAAAAGAGUUUUAAUGAAGGAAAAGUCGAUUUAAGUAAAUACCAAUCUUCAGAGGUUCAUUCAAUUGCAGGCAUUUUAAAACUUUAUUUAAGAGAAUUACCAGAACCUUUGUUUAUUUGGAGAUAUUAUUCAACAUUUAUUAAAGUUAUAAGAAAUCCUGAUCAUUUACUAAGAGCAUUACAUUUAAGAAUGUUAAUAUAUGGAUUACCUAAAGUUAAUAGAGAUUUAGUUUUAUAUCUUAUGGGUUUCCUCAAUAAAAUAUCAUUAAGUCAUUCAGUAAAUAAAAUGACAAGUCAAAAUUUAGCUACUGUUUUUGCUCCAAAUAUUCUCAGACCACAAAAAGAAACAUUAACACAAAUUAUGGAAGAUUCAGCAAAUGUUACAACUAUUAUUAAAACUUUAAUCGAUGAAUUUAGUUUUAUUGCAAAGUUAACAGGUCAUUUAACAUCCUCAUCAGAGGACGUACCAUCAGCAUUAAUUCCAAAAACACCAUCUAUACAAAAAACAACAAACGAAAAUACAGAAGAAAACUUAUAUGCUACAGCUUUAUAUCCAUAUCAAGCAAGUGGCCAAUGGCAUUUACCAUUUAAAAAAGAUGAUAAGAUUACAUUAUUGGAUAUAAAAUCAGAAGAAGGUUGGCUCAAGGGUGAAUUAAAUGGUAAAAUUGGCUAUUUCCCAGCAUCCUAUGUUGAAAUUGUAGCUGUUCCACCACCAGUUGGCACUCCAAUGACACUUAUUCCAAUUCCAGAUUUUGAUUCACAAGAUUUAUCAUCACCAAUUUUAUCAUCACCAGUUUUAUCAUCAUCAACCUCAUCAUCUUCAUCUAUUUCAAGUACAACAUCUGUAGAAACUACAUCAACCAACAAUACACCAUCAUCAUCCUUUACACCAAUUUCUGUAUCAAAAUCAUCAUCAUUUUCAAAAACAACUAUUACCACUGCUACAUCAAAAUCAAGUACAAAUCUUUUAAUUUCAAACCCACCAAUGCUUUCUAGUAGCCAAAGUAUUAAACCACCAUCAUUAUCAUCAUCUCCAGAUUUAACUAAAGUAAUGGGUAUUGCACCAAAAUUAGUUGCACCACCACCAUUAAUGGCUCCACCACCAUUUAUGGCCCCACCACCAUCACUUGGUGUACCACCACCUCUCACAAAUAGUAAUAAUAAUAGUUGUAAUAAUUUAUCAUCAUCAUCAUCCACAGCUUUUACAGCACCAUCAGCUUCAAGCAGUCCAUCAAAUAGCAGUCUCAACAUAAAUCAAUCAUCAGGCAGCAAACCAGGUUCAUUCCUUUCAAAUGGAGGAGCAUCACCAGAUUUAGCUAAGGUUAUGAGCACAAACAAACUUUCAUUCUCUAGCGGUGUAGUUCCACCUCCAGCACUUGGUGUUCCACCAGCACUUGGUGUUCCACUUUUACCAUCAAAGUUUUUAAAUAAUAGUUCACUUUCAGGUAGUAGCGGAAAUGUAUCACCACCAAUCUCAUCAAGUGGAGGUAGUAAAAGUGGUUCAUUCCUUGAAACUCCUCCACCACCACCACCACUUUCAAUUCCAAACUUCCCACCACCACCACCACCAACUACACUCAAUACACCACCAUCCAAUUUAAAUAAUUCAACUUUAGUUAUCCCACCACCAAUUACAACCCCAACUAAACAAUCUGAUAUUUUACCAAUUGAUUUAUCUAAUCUUCCACCACCACCAUUUUCACCAUGCUCACCAGAACCACCAGUAAAUGAUAGUAAUAGUGAUAGUAACAGAAAUAAUAAUGAAUUACCACCACCACCAAAUUUCGCAGAAAUUGAUGAUCAACACGCAGGCGGUUUACUUUCACCAAUGGAUGUUAGUAAUAUUACAUUACCACCACCACCAGCAUCAAUUCCAUCCAGUCCAAUUCCAGUUCCACCACCUCCACCACCAAAGAAAUUAGAUCGUAAAGAUAGUUAUAUGCAUAAAAAGAAAAUGAGUAUCGAAAAAGAAAAUGAAAUUAAAAAGAAGAGAAAAGAAAGAGCAGAAGAAAUGUUAUCAACAGAACAAACAUAUGUAAAACAAUUAACUGUAGUAUACGAUAAUUUUAUUGAACCAUACAAAAAGACUAAUAAAUGCCAUGGUUUAACCGGCGAGGAAUUUAUGGAUAUUUUCAAUUGUCUCGAAGUUAUUCUCACUAGUCACAAGAGUAAUCUCUUAAAGCCCAUCGAGGAGAGAAUGCAAGCAUGGGAUCAAAAACCACAAAUGGGUGAUAUUUUUAUCAAUAAUACUUCAUUCAUCAAAUUAUACAAACAUUAUGUAAAUAAUUAUGAUAAAUCUAUUCUUACAUUAAAGAAAUGCAAAGAAAAAUAUGAAUCAUUUAGAACUUAUAUGGCCUCAAUAGAUUACAGCGAAAAACUUUCAAAGCUUUCUUUAGAAUCUUUCCUUAUUCUUCCAAUUCAACGUCUCCCAAGAUAUGUGUUAUUACUCACCGAUCUUCUCAAGUAUACUGGUAAUGAUCAUGAAGAUUUUAAUCAACUUUGUGAUGCUCUUUCAACUAUUAAAGAUUUAACAGAGUCUAUCAACACAAAGAAAUCUGAAGAAGAUAACAAUACUAAAUUGCUUCAAAUUCAAGAUCAAAUUAAAGAUUUACCAGCAAAUACUAUGGCUCUUCGUAAAAAAUAUCUUGCAGAGGGUCCACUCUUUUUAAAGAAAGAUAAAUAUUAUGUAUUUUUAUUCUCUGAUGCUUUACUCCUCACUAAACCAGGUAAAGAAAAGAAGAAAUUCAAACACCUUAUCAACCUUUCUACAGCCUCAUUAAACACUACAGAUGAACCAAAUAUUCUUAAAGUAAUGUCACAAGAAGGUACAUUUAAAUUCUCGGCCGAUGGUGUAAGCGAAAGAGAGCAUUGGACCAAGGAAAUUAAGGAAGCAAUUGAUAUGGCAAGACAAGAUCUCAUUCAAUCAGCAUUUGGUGAAUCUACAACACUCAACGAAGGUAGUAAAGGUUUCAAUAAGAUUCAAGAUGAAAAGAAUAGCUUAAAGAAAGAAAAAUUAGCACAAGAAUUAGCAAUUAGUGAAGAGGAAUAUCUUGACUCUCUUACUUAUAUAUAUAAUGUAUUUUUACAUCCAAUCAAAAAAUCACUUGACACACCAAAUCAGUUAGUCUCAUACCAAGAGAAUUUAGAAAUCAGUAGUAAUUUCGAGACACUUUUCAAUUGCCACAAAACUUUCCUUAUUGCCCUUAAAGAGCGUGCUGCUCAAUGGCAAGAAAAACCAAUUAUGAGCGAUAUCUUUUUAGAAAAGGCUGGUUUCUUAAAAUUGUAUAAUUAUUAUGUCCAAAAUCACACCCGUUCUCUUCAAGUAUUGGAACUUUGUAUUGAAAAAUAUCCAUUGUUUGCUAUUCACUUAAAACGUCUCGAGUCUGAUCAAAAUGCCGAACUUAGAGUAUUAUUAGCAACACCACUUCGUAGAGUUUCAAAAUAUUAUUUAACUCUUCGUGAACUUCUUCAAUAUACCAGACCAAAACAUGACGAUUACGAAACACUCUCUAAAGUUGUAGCUUCUCUCAAAGAACAAACCGAUAAAUUUAACGCAAAUUCAACUCAAUCAUUAAAUCAAGCUGAAGCUGGUUCUAAAUCACCAGUUACCAAAUAUAAAACAAUUAAAUUAACUAAAAAUUCAAAACAACCUUCACAAUUUUUUGUUUAAUCAAACCCAAUCAAUUAAUAAUAUAUAAAUUUAAAAAAUCCAAUAUAUUUUUUUUUUUUUAGUUUUUUUAAUUAAAAAUUCAUUAUUAAAAAAUAAUAAUAGUAAUAAUAAAAAGUAAUAGUACAAAAAAGUAAUAUAAUAUAAUAU